CUAUUGGCUGCCGACUAGUGACACUCGAAUGGACAGACUAUAUAUACUACAUUCACAAUGAUUGGUUGUAGCUUUUAGUUCUAAUUUACUGAUUUUUUGAACACCUUCAAAAAAUGAUGCAAGUCAAUAUAUCUGUCGGCUAAGCAGACUUCCAAUUAAAAUAAAAAUACUGAUAUAACAAAUUAAUUAUUGAUUAUUAUUUUUACGUAAACUUCAUGAUAUAGAUACUUGCUGAUUAUACUGUUUGUGAUUACAAUAGUGACAUUUUUAGAAGAUUAGUGUUAAAUAAAAUAUCUUAUAUUAGUUUCAUAAAGAAAUAUAUGUACGAGUGUUUUUUGUAUUGUUUAUUCGUAUUUCUGUAAAUGCAGUGUUAAAAAAUCGCCUGAAGUAAUUUUAAAGUUAGUUAAUCUUACUGGAAUGCAUUUAUUUCAUUAGCUUUUUAAUCAUUUUAUACACGGUGUCGUUAAUAUUUUUAAUAUUGAUAUUCAUAUAAAAUAUAUAUAUUUAUAUAAAAUAUAAUAUUAAUAUUUCAAAUCAUAUUAUAAAAUUUACAAAUCAAAUUUAUUGUGUUAAAAGUAAUUUAUAUUUAUUAACCAUAAGCUAAACGUUGUAAUGGGAGAGAGUCAGUGGAAUGAUUGGAAACCUUUUAUCUAUGGGGGUUUAGCUUCAAUUGUUGCAGAAUUAGGUACUUUUCCUUUAGACACAACAAAAACACGUCUCCAAAUCCAAGGACAAAAAUUUGAUCAAAAAUAUGCGCAUCUAAAAUAUUCUGGUAUGACAGAUGCUUUAUUUCAAAUAUCACAACAAGAAGGUUUUAAAGCUCUAUAUUCUGGGAUUAGUUCAGCUAUUUUAAGGCAAGCUACUUAUGGAACUAUAAAAUUCGCUGGUGCUAUCUCAAGUGCUAUAGCUAAUCCAACAGAUGUAGUUAAAGUUCGUAUGCAAGUAACUGGAAUUAACUCAAAUUUAACAUUGUUUGGUUGUUUUCAAGAUGUAUAUCAACAUGAAGGUAUUUGCGGUUUAUGGAGGGGUGUAGGACCUACUGCUCAAAGAGCAGCAAUUAUUGCAGCUGUAGAAUUGCCUAUAUAUGAUUACAGUAAAAAAAAGUUUAUGGUUCUAUUGGGAGAUAGUAUUAGUAAUCAUUUUGUGUCCAGUUUUAUAGCUAGUAUGGGAAGUGCAAUAGCUUCUACUCCUAUAGAUGUUGUGCGUACACGUUUAAUGAAUCAAAAAAGGAUACCUACCGCAAGUGGCAUGUUACCACCACAUAUUUAUAAUGGUAGCAUAGAUUGCUUUGUACAGACUUUUAAAAAUGAAGGAUUUUUAGCCUUGUACAAGGGUUUUGUACCUACUUGGUUUAGAAUGGGUCCAUGGAAUAUCAUAUUUUUUAUAACAUAUGAACAGUUGAAACAAUUGGAUGAUUCAAAUUUAUCAUUAAAUAAUGAAUUGGAUCACUCAAAUAAAUAGUAGUAAAUAGAAGAAAAUAUAUAAAACAAACAAGUAUGUGUAUAUGAAUAUAUGAAAAAUUAAUGGUAGUAAUAAUAGGUUACACAAUUAACAUUUGUAUUACAUAACUUAUUUUUAUGAAAUGUUUAUUUAAACAUAUAUGAAAAAACUAUACAGAAAGUAUACCAAAAUAAAUAGAAUUUAUUUUCUUUAGCAAUAUUGAAAUUACAAUCAUUAGUGAAAGUAUUCGAAGUAAUAUGACAUUAUAUGCUAUAUGAAGAAUAUAAAGUCAUGAAUAUUGAACAUUCAAUUUACAUAUAAUUCAAAACGCACAUUAUGUUCACAUUUUGUAGAUUAAGUUACAAGUUUUUACUUUUUAUUUACUUUUUUAGAUUUAUAAAUACAAUUGCAAAUUACUUUUAUUAUUUAAUUAAUUUUGUGUUCUUCGUAUUUAGAUUUAUGUUUUCAUAAAAGAAUAAGACUGAAUGUUAGGAAAUAAAUUUAUGAAAUACAUCCAAAGAACUUAUAAAAACUAUAUACUACAUAUCCAGUAUAUAUAUAAAUUUAUGUAUAAAAAUUUGUUGUAGACUCAAGUUUACAAAAAGAAUAUGUUAAAGAAACAGUAUUUUAAAUGUAUGUAUAAUGUUUGUAUUUGAGACUUUUUAUAAACUGUUAGGAAUGUGUAACAGCAUGACAUAAAAUAUGCUAAAAUAUUAUAAUAUGCAACAAAUGUUAGACUUUCAACGAAUAUUACAACAAUUCCAAAUGAAUACAGCAUGUAUGUAUUAGAUACAACUUUUCUGCUAUAUUAUAUUUACUAAGAUGUAAAGUUUUGCUAUAAACUGAUAGUGAAAUUUAUAACUAAGGAAUAUUUCAGUCACAUUGCAGAUAUUACAAUAUGAAUUAUACAUUUUUACAAUCCCAUACGAUUAUCUUCCUGUCUUUUCCACCAGUUAAGACUAUAUUAUUUUCUGUUGAUACUGAUAAUGUAUUAAUUGGACCUAAAAUAUGACUGUAUUCUUAAUUAUCAGUAAAGUCAUAUGUAAAUUAAA